AACUAAUUAAAAACAAUAAAGCUCUUUUUUCUUUUUCUUUUUAUUGUGCUUGCUUUAUUUUGUUCUUUAUUUGUUAAUUUGGCUCAUCAUUUUAUUUUCAACUUUUGCUUUUAUUAUUAAUUAAUUAAUCUUAUUAUUUCAUAUUUUUUCUUCAUUUUUUCCUUCUAAUUAACUAUUUAUUGAUAUAUUUUUUAUUCAAUAUUUAAAAAGUGAAAAUUAAAUUGGUGAUGAAGGUGCAUAAGGCUUAGGUUCUGGUUUAGCAAAUUGCAUUAAUCUCUCAAAUUUGACACUUGACCUUAGUUGGAAUGAAAUUGGUGCAAUGGGUGCAUCAGGCUUAGGUUCUGCUUUAGCAAAUUGCAUUAAUCUCUCAAAUUUGACACUUUACCUUUGUUUCAAUAAAAUUGGUGAUAAAGGUGCAUCAGGCUUAGGUUCUGCUUUAGCAAAUUGCAUUAAUCUCUCAAAUUUGACACUUGACCUUGGUUUCAAUAAAAUUGGUGAUAGAUAAGAUAAGAUAAGAUAAACUCGCACACAUAAAUGCACUCAGAAAUACAUCUUAAAAGUAAUUAUAAUUUAUAAUAAGUGUUUAAAAUUGGUUUUUGGUUUGAUAGUUUUCUCGAAAACCCCCCUUAUUUUAGACACUGUUUAUGAUUUAAAAAUUGGUGAUAAAGGUGCAUCAGGCUUAGGUUCUGCUUUAGCAAAUUGCAUUAAUCUCUCAAAUUUGACACUUUAGCUUGAUUGGAAUGAAAUUGGUGCAAUGGGUGUAUCAGGGUUAGGUUCUGCUUUAGAAAAUUGUAUUAAUCUCUUAAAUUUGACACUUAAGCUUGAUGAAAAUUAAAUUGGUGAUGAAGGUGCAUCAGGCUUAGGUUCUGCUUUAGCAAAUUGCAUUAAUCUCUCAAAUUUGACACUUUACCUUUGUUCUAAUUAAAUUGGUGCAAUGGGUGCAUCAGGCUUAGGUUCUGCUUUAGCAAAUUGCAUUAAUCUCUCAAAUUUGACACUUGACCUUCGUUCUAAUUAAAUUGGUGUAAUGGGUGCAUCAGGCUUAGGUUCUGCUUUAGCAAAUUGCAUUAAUCUCUCAAAUUUGACACUUGACCUUGGUUAGAAUGAAAUUGGUGCAAUGGGUGCAUCAGGCUUAGGUUCAGCUUUAGUAAAUUGCAUUAAUCUCUCAAAUUUGACACUUUAGCUCGAGUAAAAACAGUUUAUUUGUUUUGGAUUUUGA